AUGAAAACGUUUAACAAACAGAAGCCCGAGAAGAAAAGGCUAGUAGAUCGGCAAGGUAUUACACAUAGAAAGACUUUUCCGACGUUCUGCCCUGGUGGCAAAAGAAUUAGGUUUAUUAGAGAAGAUAGAAAAACAGUGAAGGACAGUGAGGAGAUCUUCACUCAGAUGAUCCGUCUCAUCCAGAAAAGAAGCUGUGAUGUGAAGCAGCAGAUCAGAUCCCAGCAGCAAACUGAAGUGAGUCGAGUCAAAGAUCUUCAGGAGGAGCUGGAGCAGGAGAUCACUGAGCUGAAGAGGAGAGACGCUGAGCUGAAGCAGCUCUCACUCACAGAGGAUCACAACCAGUUUCUGCUCAACUACCCGUCACUGCCACCACUCAGUGAGUCCUCACACUCAUCCAGCAUCAAUGUCCGUCCUCUGAGAUACUUUGAGGAUGUGACCGCAGCUGUGUCAGAGCUCAGAGACAAACUGCAGGACAUUCUGAGAGAGGAGUGGACAAACAUCUCACGGACACUCACUCAUGUGGAUGUUUUACUGCCAGAACCAGAACCAAAGAGAAGAGCGGACUUCUUCAAGUCCAGAUCACAUUCACUCAGCUGCUCCAUGCUGGACUGCAGUUAGAUUUUACUUGAGACA